CGUCGUGAACGCGCAGGCGGCGUUGAACGUCCCCCGCUGCUGCUGCUGUUUCCUCGCCGCCUCUACAGUUGCUGCUCAUUGUGCAGCCGAGAAAACAUCGGUAGCUUCCGACGACGUCGGUAUGAAAUGGCAGAAACUGCCCGUGUCACGGAAGCACAACGAGUAGGAUACGCCGGAGCUACACACAUGUAUCUCUGUGGCCUGUUGGCGUGAGGGAAACGGGACUGGAACCGGAGGAAGAACGGAAAGCGGAGUAAAGUGUCGUUUUACUACAAACAAAUUACAAAAAACAGCGGCCGGGUUGUGUCUACAGCAGCCGACAGAGACUGCAGCUCGACACUGGUGGAAUUAACCGGAGAGGGGUUGAGAGAGGAGGAGAGCUCCACUUGGAUGCCCUGACACCGCGUCUGUCCAAGGCUUCACCAUGAACCGGAACAAGCGUGAAAAGGAGUACUACAGUAUAGAUGUGGGCGAUUCGACGUUCAUGGUUUUAAAGCGCUACCAGAACCUCAGACCCAUCGGAUCCGGAGCACAGGGGAUCGUCUGUUCAGCGUAUGACCACAUCUUGGAGAGGAACGUUGCCAUCAAGAAGCUGAGCCGGCCUUUUCAGAAUCAAACCCACGCGAAACGAGCCUACAGAGAACUGGUGCUCAUGAAAUGUGUCAACCACAAGAACAUAAUUGGCUUAUUAAAUGUAUUCACGCCACAGAAGACACUGGAAGAAUUCCAAGAUGUGUAUCUAGUGAUGGAGCUGAUGGAUGCCAACCUCUGCCAGGUGAUUCAGAUGGAGCUCGAUCACGAGAGGCUGUCGUACCUGCUCUACCAGAUGCUCUGUGGAAUCAAACACCUACACGCCGCAGGCAUCAUACACAGGGACCUGAAGCCCAGUAACAUCGUGGUGAAGUCUGACUGUACUCUAAAGAUCCUGGACUUUGGUCUGGCCAGGACGGCCGCCACCGGCCUCCUCAUGACGCCCUACGUGGUCACCCGCUACUAUCGCGCCCCUGAAGUCAUCCUGGGCAUGGGCUACCAGGCCAAUGUGGAUAUUUGGGCUGUGGGCUGCAUUAUGGCAGAAAUGGUUCGCCACAAAAUCCUUUUUCCAGGAAGGGAUUAUAUCGACCAGUGGAACAAGGUCAUCGAGCAGCUGGGGACACCAUCUCAGGAGUUCCUGAUGAAACUCAACCAGUCGGUGCGGAAUUACGUGGAGAACCGGCCACGGUACGCCGGCUACAGCUUUGAGAAGCUCUUCCCCGAUGUCCUGUUUCCUGCAGACUCCGAACACAACAAACUAAAAGCGAGUCAAGCCCGAGACCUGCUGUCCAAGAUGCUGGUAAUUGACGCGUCAAAGCGGAUCUCGGUGGACGAGGCUCUCCAGCACUCCUACAUCAACGUGUGGUACGACCCGACUGAAGUGGAAGCGCCGCCACCAGCGAUCACAGACAAGCAGCUGGAUGAGAGAGAGCACACAGUGGACGAGUGGAAAGAGUUGAUAUACAAAGAAGUGUUUGACUGGGAGGAAAGGACAAAGAAUGGCAUCAUCAGGGGACAACCAGCCUCAAUAGCACAGGUGCAACAGUGAGCAACAGCCUCCACCAGCACCACCCUUCUUCCUCCUCUGCCUCCACCUACGAUGUCUCCUCCAUGUCCUCUGACCUUGACUGACCCUGACUGACGCUGACGACAGCCUGCAGAUGACCAGCACCACCGUCGCCGUGGCUGCUCUGGCUAAUGGCUCCUGCAGAUGACUAUCAUCUACACCUUCUCCUGGUCCUGGACGGGGCCACGCCCCCCUCUCCCUGGUCAUCUCUGAGACCACCAGCCUGAUGCUGGCUUUGGCCCUGCCCCCUUUCUCCCUCCCCCACCACCCGUCUGUGCUUGUCUAGUGUAGUGAUUAGCCAGCUAGCUGUUUGAGAACUGUUUCAGAAAGGACAGAUUAUUAUUUUCCUUUUUUUUAUGACAGUCAUAAUCCUUUAUUUUUCAAUUAGGAUUUUCUUUUGUUUGUUGGUUUUGUUUUAGUCCUAGCUGUAAUUUAUUGUGGCAUUUCUUCAUUUAUUUUUUUCAGAAACCUAAGAUGACGAUGAUAAGAGAAUUUUUAUGAUUUUACUACGUUCCGGUUUGUAUUAACCGACAGUGAGAAUUUAAAGGAUAUCUGUAAAAUGUUAAAUGUGAUCUAUUUUUCUUUUCAUUUGUUUCUUUGCUUUUACAACUUGCCAUAUAAAUGUAGAUGGCGUUUGUACAGAUUUUAUGGUAGAUGUAGGUUUAUCUUCUCUAUGCGUUUGCAGUGAGCCAUUGAAACAUAAUUUAAUUGACAGAAGUAAGGUCGAAGUACCCCUUACCUUUUUUUUUUAUUAUUAUUUCACAUGAUAUGGAUAUUGUCUAAAAUGACACAUAUCCAUUUACUAGACCAGCUAAGGUCACUUAGAUUUAUUUUUUUAAAUGAUUUUCUUCUUGUGAGUCACUACUACAGCCUACAUUGUAAAUUUCAUCUUAAUGAAAUCUCUCUAAAUUCCUCUUUUUUCACUUCCCGCUCAAUCAGAAUUUUCUUAUUUACCAUUUGAUUCAUUUUUUUUACAAUCUACACUUGAGCUAUGGGAAUUGAAAAUGGCACAGCAAGAUAUACGUUGAAAUGUUUCGAUGACUGUCUUAUACUGUAUAUUUUUAAGUGCUUUAAAGUACCUCCUCUCUCGUCUGCCACAGGCAGUGCGAUGUUUUCUUAGAGAUGUGGUAUUGCUUUGGAGGACCAGAGCUCUGAAUCACGUUCUUCUCUGGUUUGCUUUUGACAGUGAGGUAUUGUUGUCGGUUUGGGACUUGGGAAUGUUUUUCGUCGCGUUUCGGGAGGUGCUUUUUUGUUGAGACAUAGAGUUGUGCGUUGGUUGUGAAAUCGGUGGCGGUGUCAAGUAGAAUGUGCUUCGGUUAAGUAGGGAAUCACGGUGUGGAGAACGGUUGUGAAGGUUUUUAUGAGGGGAUAGCGAUUAUGACGGAACAGUUUGGAAACGAUGUCCUUUUUACCAGAUCCUGUUGAUGUAACUUUUGUGAAUUUGAACAAGAACUGAAAGUGAUUUUCUUAUUUUUUCUCUAAAAGCUGGCCAAACACUUAGCGUACUAGACUUUGUGUCAAACAGCAGCACAAACAAGCCGAGUAAAAAGAACCAUUAUUCUUACUGUAUGCAAUAAUAGUGCCCUUUUUACCUGUGUUUUUGAUUUAGAUUUGAAAGGAAAAAGUGCCUGUUGUUUGUCAUUCAUUCCUGAGUACAUGGGAGGAAGUGUAUUCGUUACUAUGUGUAGGUUCUUUUCGUGAUGUCUGGAAAACAGCUGUAGUCUCCAUAUCAAACCAGUGGUGUAUGAUGGGGUUGUAGUUCUCACAAAAUGUGUUGUAUAUUUUUCUACUUGUUUUGCUUUUGACCCUCGGACGGGAGACUGUGGAGUCUCGCUGGGUGUGAGAGAGACGACGUAUGCGGCGAGACAGCACGUGUUUGAGUCAUUUCCGUAGAAAAGGCAGUUUCGUCAAGGUCUUUCAUCAAAGUGAAAAAAAGGGUUUCUUUGCAGUGACAGCAAACCAAAUUUUGAAUUAGGUUUUUCAGCUUUUUUGUGAUGAGUGUAAGGGAGAGAAGUGAAUAGAAAAGUUUUAGCGUUCAUUGUGUUGUCAGUAUUUCGAUUAGAACUGAAAGGCUAAUUAAUGCUUUAACACAUUUCCUAGAGACGGAGCCAGACUACCAUAAAUUUUCUGGCUCUAACUGAUUUGUUCAUUAUCGACUGAAAAGUUUGCACGAGCCCCAGAUCAGCUUAACUAUAUGUUGGCGAGUCGAUUUGUUGACCUUUGAAGAUCAUGAACACUGUGGUUCUUCAUGAAUUACACAAAGGAGUUAAUCGUAUUUAGAUUUUUGCUAAAGUAGUCUUGGUCCUUGAUAUGGACAUAAAAAAAAGUGGAUGGAUGGAUGAAAUGGCUGCCAAAAAUGUCUCUUCCAUUGAUAGCUGGUCAAACUAUUCCCUUCCAGUCCAUUGUAAAUGUAAACUGAUUUUAUUCACAUGUACAUGUUGUAUACAUGUUUCAGAAUUACGGAGCUUUUAGGAAUAAGUGAGAAAUAUAGCAAAUAGUUGUAUUUUGUACCUUAUUUUAAAAUGAUUUGCCUAAUACAGUAAGGUUGGAAAAUAUAUUCGGUAAUGUUUGUUGAAUUUGAUUCAAAUCUCAUAUGCCCAAUUAUUAAUUGGCAUUUUAUCAUCGUCAGUCUGGCAGAACUAGUGUAAGUGCUGACUUUUAUCUACACUGACAGUUACUAGCAAACUAGCUUUAUGUUGGAGCUAGUUUUUGUGGCGCAAACUAUUUUAAUUUUAUUGUGUCUUUCUAUCUGUGGUAAAAGAGCUCAGUGACCAGAAUGAGAAAAUAAUGGAUUUGUAGCUGCUGAGCAUGGAGAGUUUGCUAGCAUGCUACAGUGUUAGCAGCCCCAGAGCCACGUUAGCACAAGACAAUUGAGUUAAUUCACUCUUAUUCCCUCACUUUAGAGAAAGUGGGAAAAAAUGUAAGUGUCCAUUCGUAAAGGUGCAGUAGUAUACUAACAAUUUCAGUGUCAAAUCGGUAAGAAAAGCAGUAAUAACAGGGAGAACAAUUGAUGUAUUUGACGUAUAUUAGCAUAUUUGUCAAACUAGCUUAAAGAGAGUCAAUCAAAAGAAAAAAAAACUUGGUUGAUUAAAGUGCUCUUAAUUUUGUUGCCCAACAUUAUGAGAGUUUUUAAUUGUUCCUCUUAUUUUUCCUUCUUUAAAUUGUUGUCGCUUUUUUUUUAUAAUGAUGAUAAUAAUAAUUAUUGUUAUUACUGCAUCUCUCCAAACAGCAUCAUUCUGAUUUGAGUCGGCUUUGAUGAACUACCUCACACUGAAUUUCUGCCACUUCCUCUUGCGUGUAUGUAGUCGCCUGCAGAACGAGCUAUCGAAGACGUGUGAAUAACAGAUUCCAUUAUUUAUUUAUUUGAAAGUGUACUAUUUGUCGGUUUCAACAGACUUCUAGUUUUGUACUUUGUGUACUUCACCUAGAAGUAAGAGAAUUGUUAUAUGUACUUUUUUUUCUUUUUUUUUUUUAAACUAAAUGUGCAAUACCUUCAGCAAACUGUGCUAGUAGUAUGUGAUUGGCCUAGCCUUUGUUAGCUGUCUCCUGAAGGUAAAGAAAAUGUUUGGUACUGUCAAUCCAUGUUUUCCUCUAUAAUUUUUUUUUUUCAAUGAAUAAGAUCAAUUUUUAUUUCUGUGACUUGUUUAUAGUCAUAAUACUACAUAAUCCGUCUCACCCUCCAAACAAAUCUGUAAACCCAGGGGUUUUCAUUCAGAGACGGAAGGUUCUUUGAGUCGCAACAACACAGUGGACAGAUUUUGAUUUGGCUCGUGGGUGAGCACAGUAAUGUUAAUAAACACAGAAAAAGAUACAAGAAAUCCUUAUAUGUAUGGUGCUGGUUUGUCAUGUUUGCUAGUGAGUCCAGCCAUGCAAGUAGUUUUAAGAAUUCCUGGAAUUUGCGCGUCCCAAAAACGGCAACCAACGAAGAAGUGCACUACUAGAAUACUCGCACUGGGAUCUGAUGAUGCCACCUCUUUAAAAAAUAUAUCUAAAAAAAACAAAACAUGUACUGCAAAUAAAAAAAAAAACCCACUUUGAUUCAUCA